AUCAAAUCUUCGUACACCGCUACCGAAUGAAACUUAAAAGGAGCAAUCGUUUAUUGUUUUAUCGUCAUACAGUGGUUUAAUACUCGCGUGUGGCAAGUCAGGUGACCUCAUUUUUUUUAAGAACGACCUUUUUUCUUCUUCACCAUGGCAGACACUGAUUCAGCCACAUUGGCUGCUGUGAGUUACUAUUGCCAAGAGAAGCUCUAUCGUCACAUGCAAACAGUGGCUCUAGAAGCAAUUAAGAAAUAUGGAACCGAUCCUGUACUCCUCUUCUUCAAGGCAUAUGGUCUCAUCUUAGAAGAUCGUUUGGCUGAGGGAAUGAGGGAGUUGGAAGGCAUCAAAGACAAACCUGAUUUAGUUCUGUGUACAACGAUGGCUCUUAUGUACUCUCAUAAGAGAUGCAAGACUGUGGAUAGAGAAGCAGUUCAGGAGUUGGAUACCAGACUGAAAGAAGAACGCAAACAUGCCGGAGAGAAGGGUCUAUAUUUUGCAGCGAUGUUUCUGUGGCAUACAGGUCGACAUGAUAAAGCUAGAGAAUAUGUUGACAGAAUGUUGAAGCUAUCACAGGGUGCUAAAGAGGGCCAGGUCCUGAGAGGAUGGAUUGAUUUGACAUGCGGCAGGGACACGUUCGUCAAGAAGUCUGGAAAAUACUUUGAAGAUGCUCUUAGCGGUGCAUCUAAGAAUGUUGAGGCAUUGAUUGGUAAAUCUCGUUACUUCACUCUGAGACACAAUUAUAGCGGAGCUCUUGAUCUGAUCAAUCAAGCUGUGGUAUCGUACCCUGGAUUCAUGCCAGCACUGAUUGAGAAAAUGAGACUACUCAUGGCUCUACAGGAUUGGGAACAGACUGUUGAGACAGCACAGAGAGCAUUGAGUCAGCAAUCCAGUUGUAUUGAAGCAGUGAGAAUGGAGAUUCUGUAUCUCCUCUGUAGGGAAGGCAACUAUGAAGAGGCCGUACAAAGACUAGGAGAAUUGAUUCAACUACUGGAUCGAUUUGAGCCAAAGAACGCCUACAUCUUUUGGCAUCUAUCUUUGGUGUAUUGUAGAGUGUGUGGUCGCAACCAGCAGGUUCUUCAGCAAACGUCCUCCAUGGUUGAGAGAGCCGUUUCUUUAGAAGCUAAGAAUGCAGAGUUUAAGACAGAAGUAGGAUAUGAACUUCUUCUCCAGAACAAACCCCGAGAUGCUAUGAAGUAUUAUCGGAGUGCUAUGAAGCAAGAUGAAACCAGUGUGACUGCCCUCACAGGAAUCAUUAAGUGUCAGCUUCUUGAGGACCAUCUUGAUGAUGCAGAACAACAAUUGGAAUUCCUUAGUGAGAUUCAAGAAUCCAUUGGAAAAUCAGCAGAUAUUCUGUUUCUGCGAGCUGUCCUGGCUCGUAAACGUGGUAAGACUACAGAGGAAGUAGUGACAUUACUGAAUGAAGCAAGCACAACACACUUUGGAGCUUUGAAAGGAAUCCCACUAGGAAUUGAUUAUUAUUCUCAGAUGAAUCCAGACUUUGUUCUAGAGUUGGUCAAGGAAUAUCUCAACUUUGCUCCUACUGAGCCUCAAGCCGCUGGUCAGCCGGUCAGUCCAAUCCUAAGCAGAUGUACCUCCAUCUUGGAGCCAAUAACUAAAGCCAUGCCAGGAUUAUUAGAAGCUUUAUAUCUCCUGAGUCGAGUUCGAUUUUUAUCGGGACAGACGGAGUCAGCUCAGAGUAGUCUGCAACAUUGCUUGGAUAAAAACCCACAGUUUGCUGAUGCACAUCUACUUAUGGCACAGAUUCAUCUAGAUGCAGGGAACUACAAACAAUCUUCACAGUCUCUGGAAAUGGGUCUCAGCUACAACUUUGAGGUGCGUGAGAUGCCCAUGUAUCACAUGAUCAAAGCUAAAGCUCAGCGUAAACUCAAUCAACUAGAUGAUUGCGUUAAGACUCUACAGAGCGCUAUGCAGUUACCUGGAGUCAAACAUAGGGUAGCCUCAGCAUCUAAGAGGGCUGGUAAGGUACGCCCCAUCUCAACCAGUGAUAGAGUCUCUGUGUAUUUGGAGCUGGCUGAUGCCUACAGAUUGACUGAUGCUCAGCAUGAGGCAGCUAAGGUGAUGCAAGAUGCAAUUAAUGAGUUCAGUGGUACCCCAGAGGAGGUACGCAUCACUAUCGCUAACUCGGACCUUGCCUUAGCAAGAGGAGAUACAGAACAAGCUCUGUCAAUGUUGAGAAAUGUUGGGUCUGAUCAAAGUUAUUUUGUUUCAGCGCGGGUGAAGAUGGCGGACAUUUAUCUAAAUCAUCGCAAAGAUAAACGACUUUAUGCUGGUUGUUACAGGGAGCUUGUUGAGAAGAGGCCUAGUCCAGAGACCUCACUGCUAUUGGGCGAUGCUUAUAUGAAUAUUCAAGAACCAGAAAAGGCAAUUGAGAUUUAUGAGUCUGCGCUUAAGAAGAACCCACGUGAUAGCGCCCUCGCUAGUAAGAUUGGAUCAGCGUUGAUUAAAACCCACCAAUACAGCAAGGCCAUCAAUUAUUAUGAGGCAGCCUUGAAGACUGGAGGACAGAGUUUCUUACGUCAUGACUUGGCCAACCUCCUUCUGAAGUUACGCCAUUUUGAGAAAGCUGAGAAAGUUUUGAAAACUGCUUUGGAUCAUGAGUCUGCCAAUGACCUUUCUACUAUGAUAGAUGACUGUAAACUCUUGGUAAUGUUGGCCAAAGUUCAUCGCCAUGCCAACAAGAUGGAAGAUGCAAUGUUAGCUCUUACUAAGGCCAGAGACAUGCAAGCCAGAGUAUUAAAGAGAGUUCAAGUAGAACAGCCAGAUGCAGUUCCCGCUCAGAAAGAUCUCGCUACAAGCAUUUGUUCCCAGAUAGCUGAGCAUCAUAGUACUCAACGAGAUUAUGAGAAGGCGAUUAAACUCUACAAAGAAGCUUUGAUUUAUAGCGAGCAUGACGGCAAAGCUAUGUUAGAGUUAGCUCGGUUGUAUAUGGCUAGAGAUGAGGUAGAUGCUUGUCAACAUCAGUUGGUUCAACUUCUACAAGGAGAUAGGGAAGAUGAUAAUGCUACUGUGAUGAUGGCUGAUUUGAUGUUUAGAAAAGGUGAAUACGACCAAGCGACAUUUCAUUUUGAGCAACUUCUGCAAAGAUCACCAGACCAUUAUAAGGCACUAUCUCGCUUAGUGGAUCUAUUAAGACGAGCUGGCAAACUGGAAGAUGUUCCUGAGUUUCUUGAUCAAGCGGAGAAAGCGUCCUCCAGAGCAAUCAUGGAUCCUGGUUUUAAUUAUUGUAAAGGACUCUAUGAAUGGUAUAUUGGAAAUCCUAACGUAGCUUUGAAACAUUUCAACAUGGCUCGUAAAGACAGCGAUUGGGGUCGUCUAGCUGUACGGAAUAUGAUUGAUAUUUGUAUCAAUCCUGACAAUGACACGCUCGGUGGAGAGACAUUCGAGACUGUCAUUACUGAUGCUGCAAGUGCAACCGAAAAAGCAGAUUCUGAGCAGGUGGCAGUAAGAACAGCAGAGAAACUUAUUAAGGAGAUGAAACCGGUGGCUGGUUCCGAGGAUCAUAAAACUAUGGAGAAUUACGUCUUAAUAUCCUCCAAGUCUAAGGCCAAUAUUGAGAAGGCGUUGUCUUCAUUCAUGGAGAUGGCUUCUAGUGAGAGAGAAAACGUCCCAGCGUUGUUAGGAGUGGCUACAGCUUACAUGAUGCUUAAACAGACACCGAGAGCUCGGAAUCAACUCAAGAGAAUCGCUAAGAUGAACUGGAAUCCAGUGGAUGCGGAGGAAUUUGAGAAGAGUUGGCUUCUCUUGGCAGAUAUUUAUAUCAACUCUGGCAAAUAUGACAUGGCUACUGAAUUACUGAGGAAGUGUCUUCAACAUAAUCAGUCGUGCUGUAAGGCGUAUGAGUACCUGGGAUUCAUCAUGGAGAAAGAACAAUCAUAUCAUGAUGCUGCACUUAACUAUGAGAAGUCGUGGAAGUACGGUAACCAGGCCAACCCUAGCAUUGGAUACAAGCUAGCCUUCAACUAUUUAAAGGCUAAGCGUUUUGUAGACGCUAUUGACAUCAGUCACAAGGUACUAGCGAGUCAUCCCAACUACCCUAGAAUGCGUAAAGACAUCUUGGAUAAGGCUAGAUCAAGCAUCAGGGUAUGAGAAUGUGAUCGACCUUCUAAAAGCUUCAACUAGCUACCAAGGCAGACGUCAGUUGUAAAAACAGCUCCACUAUUACUAUCCAGGCAGACACCCCACGCAGACAUCAAGGGUGCAUUUUGGCGGCCAUGACCGGACACAAAAUUCUGAAGUAAAGUUCACUGAUUGAAACAAUUUCCCGAGAGCUACACUCAAAUGGGUCGAUAACCAGAAACAGUUCAUGACGUAGGUACAUCUCUUAAAAGUUCAUGUUGUUAAAAUAUACAGCUUUCAUUUUAUCACAAUCUUUGUAACUUUAUCCACAUUAUUUAAUUGUUAUGCUUCAGGGUAUUUCAUUUCAAAUAAAACCUAUUGAAAUUUGUUGAAAGUUUUUUAGAGUUCGCCAACUUGAAAAUAACCCUAGUAACCGAGCCAACAAGUCAGUUACUGUUUGGUUAGAACAGCCUUGUCACUGCGGGUCAACCGUACAUGCGAAAACGCUCAACCAAUGACCAAAGCUCAAACAUGUUUCUGGUUGGGGUCGUCAAAACACACCCCUGGGUGAAAUCCCUUCCAAUACUUGUCCAUAGCAGUGUAAAUAUUGAUAUGUUGAGGGGAUCAUAAUGUAAUUUUUAUGUGUGUAUGAGUUAGACAUAUUGAGCCCUUGAUCCAGCAUCACACACCCAGUUUCUACUGGUGCUACACUCCCCAUUGUAGUCAACUCGCACAAAACACUGUGUGGCCUACACAGGGGGACUCCCAAAAUGAUGUCAACCAAGAGUAUUGGGAUGAUGAAUUUUAGGUGGAUUGUACACCAGUUAGGACACACAAAUAAGAUUUGAAGUAUUUGACUAAGAAAUUGGCUUUUCAAAAAGAAGAUUUUGUUUUCACUUUAGCUGAAAGCAAAUGACAAGUUAAAGAGAAGGUACACGUUUGGUAAUUAUUCAAAACGAAUAUUAACUUAAAAAUUGACUUGGCAACGAGCA